UUGUCAAUGUCAUGUCAGUUUAGAGUUUGAGCUUUGAGUUGAUCAAAAUUAAGUUUAUUGUAAAUUGUAAGCUUAAGGUUGGUUUAUAACUGGUUUCAACUCAAAACAAUACAAGAUACACAUAAAAAAAUUACUUUCUAGAAAAACUAAUCUUAAUAUUUACAAAGCUCCUGUAUCAGGCAUACAAUAAUGGCAUACAACCCAGGUUACGGCCAACCAAACUUCGGCGGCCAACCGGCUGGCCAAUUGGAAAUUGGCCAUGGGCCGUACCCGUCUGUUGGUCCCGCAGGAGGGAUUGCACCGCAAGUACAGCAGUGGUUUGCUGCAGUAGAUAAGGAUCAAUCUGGGUUUAUAUCAGCUGCUGAACUAAAAUCCGCCUUGGUGAACGCUCAAGGUCAAAAUUUCUCCGAUACAGCAUGUCUACUGAUGAUUGGAAUGUUCGAUAAGGAUCGUUCUGGGCAUAUAAACCUCGAGGAAUUUGACAAAUUGUACACUUAUAUAAAUCAAUGGCUUGCGGUUUUCAAAACAUACGAUACCGAUCAAUCUGGCCAAAUUGACGAACAAGAAUUAUCAAAAGCUCUGUCGCAAAUGGGAUUCCGAUUCACGCCUGAAUUCAUCAAAUUUUUAUCAAAAAGAAGCGAUCCGAACACCGGAAUGAUAUCAGUGGACAGUUUCAUUGUGUUGUGCAUUCAGAUUCAACGUUUCACUGAAGCAUUCAGAGUGCGCGACACUCAACAGAACGGAACCGUGACAAUAGGCUUCGAAGACUUCCUGAAUGUAGCGCUCAGCUGCUCCAUAUAACACAAAAUCUCGAAUUAUAAUAAUUGAAUCUUCACUUUGCUAUAAUGCAUAUAAAAUGGGUUUAAUGCAUUGCACAUGUUUUUCAAAGUACUCAUCGGUCUAAGUUGGGUGAAAUGCAAGAAACAUCAAGACUUUCUUUAAUUUUUAAUAUUGACAUAAUUCAUUGCUUUAAUUUUAUAUUCCAUAGCUUAAAGCUAGAUAGAAAA